UUAUUGAAAAGUCUUCAGAAAUGCUUGAAAAAAUACAAUCCACUAAAAUGUGAACCUACAAUGGGAGCGAGACUGUUUGCGAGUUGACAAACAUGGCGGCCGAGAGUGAUAAGUGCGACUUCCUCUGAGGUUAGCUGUGGUCGACUUGCGGAGUCAGAAAACUACUCGUCUCUAGGGCUUGCUACUUAGACGCUAUUUCCCAAAAGUCUAAUCAGGAGUGGAGAUAAGAUUCAGACACCGCAGGAGUAGACAGCAUCACGCAUGUCCUACCCUGUCUCCCCCUCACAGAAGGACGAUCAUCAACUGAACCGGAAGUAACAUUACACAUUUUUUGUCAGUUUUCGACAGCGGCCCUAUCUCCCGUCAAGAUAACCAUUUCAUGCAAAACUACACGCAGAGAGUAAUGGAAGAUUUAGAUGCAUUACUGGCCGACCUUCAGUCGACGACUGCACAGAUCAACCAGUAUCAGUAUCAACCUCCCCAACAGCAGUCACCGUCGAUAGAGCAACGGCAACAAUCCCAACAACAAAAUCAUAAUCACCAGCCACCGUCCCAGGUCCAGCGCCAAUACAGUGACCAACAGAACCAUCAGGACGGGGCAUAUGAUCAGGUCCAAAUCUCCAACUCAUAUGACCAUCAUCAGGUGCCACAAUCACCGGGGUACAACAAUCGACAGGUGCCUCAGUCACCAGGGUAUGAUAAUCGUCAGUUCCCACAGUCACCUGGAUACGACAAUCGCCAGGUGCAACAAUCAGUAGGAUACGAUAAUCGCCAGGUGCAACAAUCAGUAGGAUACGAUAAUCGUCAGGUGCCGCAGUCACCAGGAUACGAUAAUCGACAGGGGCAAAACUCACCUGGUUAUGAACAUCAACAACAGGUACUGAGGCAGCACAGCUAUCAGAGUCAGAAUAGUCAUCAUUCAUCAGGACAGAGGAGUGAAACCCCUCCCCCACUUCCUCCUCCCCCGCCCCAGGAGGUUCUCGACAGUAUACCCCCGCCCCAUCAGUUUGAUGAGCCAUUAUAUGAAGGACAGAGUGUGACUGUAAUCCGUGAUCGAACACCAAGUUCGGGUACCUCUCGAAGUUCAGACCCAUAUUUCGAUAACAAAUCUCAGGCAUCGCCUCCAGCACCUAAACAGAUGUCGACAUUGACCAAUAACCUAUCCGAGCUGGACCAGCUCCUGCAGGACCUUAAUUCGGCCCAGUUUAUGGCUGAGGUUGACAAACGGAAUGUCUCUAAUCAGCAUAUUGUAAAUGGAGGAGGAGGAGGAGGAGGAGGAGGAGGAGGGGGAAAUGGUGGGAAGGCACGACCACCUCCACCUGUAGCUCCAAAACCAGCCCGUAACGAGAACAGGAACACUGUUGAUAAUCUUUUGGACCAAUUGGAAAGUGCACUUCCAGAGAGGGCGAACAACUACAAAGGCCCUGAGCCUGGUGACAAUGAUAAUUAUGAGUACACCCCUGACCAGCAGACAAAUCAAGCACAUACAAUGAACAAUGGUCAAUCUCAUCAAGUCAACAAUGUACAACGCUACAACCAAAACAACAUGGUGGCCACACAACAACAGUUACCUCCCCCUUCCACAGCCACCAGGGAGCUGGAUGACCUCAUGGCUACGUUAUCUGAAUUUAAGGUAUCUAAUGCACAACAACGACAGCAGCAGAUGUCGAUGCCCCAUGCUCGCUCGCCCUCCCCACACAGUGAACCUUCCUAUGCCAAGCCACAGAAGAGUCGCAAUGCUUCACAAGGGUCUGCACCGCCAACUCCAGCCCCCCAACCAUCCGGGUAUGGAGGGCAGCUAGAGAGCAUGCUGGGUGAUUUAGAAAGUGAUAUGAACAGACAAGGGGUUAGUACAACCUCCAAAGGCACAUGUGGAGCCUGUAACCAGCAAGUGGUAGGACAGGUAAUAACAGCCUUAGGAAAGGUAUGGCACAUCGAACAUUUCAUCUGCUCUCACUGUAACCUGCCCCUCGGUACCAAGAACUUUUAUGAACGAGAUGGUGGUGCUUACUGUGAGGAGGACUAUCAUCGUCUUUUUGCCCCCAAAUGUGCCUAUUGUAAUGGCCCGAUUGUAGAUAAAUGUGUGACAGCCAUUGGCAAGACCUGGCAUCCGGAACACUUUUUCUGUGCCCGUUGUGGACGACCAUUUGGAGAAGAAGGUUUCCAUGAAAAGGACAACAAUGCUUAUUGCAGACAGGACUAUCUUGAGAUGUUUGCUCCUCGCUGUGGAGGGUGUGGAAAUCCAAUCCUGGAUAACUAUAUCUCUGCCCUGAGUCGACACUGGCACCCAGAAUGUUUUGUAUGCAGGGAAUGUCACAUGUCCUUUGGAGGGCGGAGCUUCUUCGACCAUGAAGGUCAGCCUUAUUGUGAAACCCACUACCACUUAAAGCGUGGUUCACUUUGUGCCAGCUGCCAGAAGCCAAUCACUGGUCGUUGUAUCACAGCCAUGUUCAAGAAAUUUCACCCAGAGCAUUUCGUUUGUGCUUUCUGUUUAAAACAGCUCAAUAAGGGAACAUUCAAGGAACAGAACGACAAGCCCUACUGUCAUCCAUGUUUUGUUAAACUUUUCGGCUGAUUUUUUAAUUGGAAUGUAUUAAAAGAUUGAUAGAGUGUAUUUAAAAAAUUACAUAGAAUUUUACUUCAGAGUUAUAUGAUCAGUAAUUCUUCGGGUGAUUUGAGAAAUACACCCUCAGUGAUAUAUACCAGUCUUCCAGCAACUGCUGCAGUUACUUCUGCACCGAACAAAUUUCUACUGCUGGACUCCUGCACUGUGUGUGUAUCACUAGACACUCUUCUUGAGUUUGUCUACUGCAGGACACUCAGCUCCAAUUCAUGUUGAUCCAUAGACUGUUGCAGAGUGUCAUAUGACUAAGGACACUUUGGCCCAUGUCCGUUGCUAGGUGGGAUAGGUUGAUUUAUGAGAACUAUGUUUAUUUACUGCUGAGCUUUUAUGUAAUAGAGGAAACACUUUCCUACUGUAUGUAGAGAAAUAAGGACUUGACUGAAACUGUAAUAUUAAAAUAAAUUAAAAAGAGCUUGAUAUACUAUCUAACUAUCUUUAGUCUUCACUUUUAAAUUUCUAGGAAUUCCACUUGUUGGCUAAUUUGUUUAUAGGCAUGGAUAUCACAAGAGUUUACUGGUAGAGGAACAUCCGUAAUGAUUUGUUUAACAAAAACUGAUGUCGCUAUGGGUAUAUGCAACAUGUCACUGAUUUUAGACAUUGAAUUUAAAAGAAUAUUUCACCUGGUUUGGUAUUUUUUCUAUUAAGCCAUCAUUGGUUUAUUAUUUUUAUUAUUGUUUAACACAUUUAGAGCAUUACUUUUUUUUUUUGUCUGUGCUAUAGUUUUGCAUGUGGAUGAUCUACCUUGUCUCCCCUGCCACCUUACUUUAAACUGUCCCUAUUUCUUGAUAAGACAGUCCAUGUUGGUAAUUCAGGGUUGCAAGGUGCAUCUGAUUAUUAUUAUAUAUUUUUAUGUGAUAAUUUAUUUCUAUACAGGUGAAAAUAAUUAUUUUCUUGUAAAUCUUAUGAUUGUACUGUUAUGUUGUAAUGCUGAUAAAGUGUUUGUUGGUAUUUCACAUAUUUGAACUUUUUUGGGUCAAUUUCAGACAAUACAUUAAUGAAAGAAUGUACACAACCUCUUGUCCAAUUAAAUUGAUGAAAUGAUACAAAAUUUUGCAGAAAAUUUUUAUUUUCCUUUCAACAUUAAUUACUUUUGUGAAAAGACCAUGUCUGCCAUGGACAGGUUUCUUGUUUACAAUCGAUUACAAAUUCUUUUUUUAUGAGUUUUUUGUUUAAAUCAUUGACACAAAACUACCAAUGCCUCCAUUUCAUGUUUGACAUUGUGUUGUUAAGGUGUUGUUGGAUUUGUGCCUUGUUUGUGAUAUUGACAAACUGGUUUCCAUGCCAACACUGAAAAUGUGGACUAACCAUGGACAACCAAAUAUUAUGCAUUAUGAGUUAAUGAUAAAUCUAUAUCAUAACCAAAACAAAUUGUCAUUAUACAGUUUCUCUUGAAAUGGAAAUUUAAUUAUUCUGUGUAUAAGGCUAUAUGGUUUGAAGAGUUUGGUUUUUACAGAAGUUUUUCCUACUACAUUAUGUUUUUUUGUAACACAGUUAUCUGCUCUUGUACACAGGUGUUGAUUGUUAAGUCAUUAGUUUUCUUCAGAAAAUUAUGUUGUUUUUUCAUGACGUUACUCUCAUAAACAAAUCACAAGAGCAGAUAACUCUGUAUUAUGAAAAUACAAUUUAAAGCAAAGUCAGCUAUCAGAAAAUAUCCUGAUUUGAACCUUUAUGUUCAGUUUCACUUCGUGUUGCGAUGAUCAUCUUUUCCUUCUCCCAUAAGAAAUAUGAUUGAAUAAAUAGAUAAAGACAUAUACAAUUACAUGUAUAUCCUUUUGAUACUUUGAUUAAAUGAUUGAUCUUUUGAAUGUGUGGAGAAUUUUAUUUUCAUAGAAAAAAAAAUGCCUGGAUAAUGUUCAACAAUUGUGUUAAUAAUAUGAAGUAGGGAGAAAGAAAACAAGCCUUAUUAAGGCAAGACAAAAAUACACAGACAAAAUAUACUACCCAUAGUGGUGGAAAUAGACAGGUACGCCCCAUAUCAGUGGAAAAAUAAAGGCAUGCUUAUGCUGUGGGACUGGUGCCCCAUGUCGCACAUUUUUUAAACUACGUACAGUAUAUACAUGGAUUUAUAUGGUAUCAUAAUAUUUAAACUUCUAUGUGAAAUGUAUUUUUGUUACAAUGUACUUGAUUAUACCAUAAAAGAAUAUUGUAAAUUUCACUUUCCAAAGACUAAAGUAUAUAUCCUGGCCGGAUUUGUACUGAAUGUACUUUUGUUGUAUAUAUUAUAUUGUGUACCACUAGACACAUACAUAUUAUAUGUAAACAAACCUUCGCUCUUUCUGUAUACUCAUCAUUUGAGCCUCUCAGCAGAGCUGUUGCAAUACGCUUCAAAUAAAUCACAAAAUAUAUACAA